AUGGCCAUCGCACAACAAGGGGGCGUGAGCACGGCUCACGUCAACAUGAUGACAGAUACUAUCAUCGCCAACCUCCCUGCCGAUGGUCUUCGCGUGGUGAUGAGGGCACUUUUGGUAUUGUUUCCAGAGAUCACACGCGCUUUCGAGUGUGAGACGAAGAAAUUUGUCGAGCAGAGAGCUAUAUCUUCGAUAAUAGGAAAAGACAAAAAGGCCAGUCUUGCCGAACUAAAAAGGACGCAACAGAUCGCCCGCAGUAUGCUCGGAUGUGGGCUCUCGUUCGAAAGUCUUCAAUUGUUCCAGAACUUGGUCGCUCAGGGAACGAUUCUGAUAUCAAGAACUAGCGAUGACAGUCAAUAUGAACUAUUUACCUUUUUGACGAGCGUGGAUGGCGACAUCGUGCAAGCAAUGACUGCUGUUCAGAAAUCCCUUUUUAUAGAUACUGGCACGCGGGUAAUGGAUAAUGGAGAGCACGCAUUGGUGGAAGCUCUCUAUCAAUCAUUGACAAGCUGCUAUGCUACUCUAAAAACAACUGAGCAUGACUAUCCAUUCGGGCGAAGCCUAAUAUCCACGGCUGGUAUCCUUGGGCUACCUCGACCUACGCUUCUAGAUGCGCAUCAAGAUCUCGGCAAACAGACCUCUAUGAUACCUUUACCUCAACAAGCAAGAGAAACUUUCCUGUUAAAUGGACGCACGGUUCCUCGAAUAUUUUCGGGGCUCUGGCAAAUGUCCAGCCCUGCUUGGGGGGCUGCAUCAUCCUCUAAGAUUGUUGAGCAAUUCUCAAGUCAUGUCCGGCAAGGAUUUACAGCAUUCGACAUGGCUGAUCACUAUGGUGACGCUGAAGUCAUAUUUUUUUCUCUCGUCGACUCUCGGCCAGUCUUCGAGAUGGGAUGCGCUUGUGAGGAACACAAUAUCAAGCUCUUAACAUAUGGCACCUUGUGCGGUGGUUUUCUUGCCGAUAAAUGGCUUGGAAAGCCCGAGCCAGAUAUCUACGAUGGGUCAAUCACACCAAGCCAGCGAAAGUAUUUCGAAAUGAUUCGCAGUUGGGGUGGCUGGAGCCUCUUCCAGGAGCUGUUAACAGUGCUGCGCGUGAUUGCCACAAAACACCAGGUCGACAUAUCAAAUGUCGCUACUCGCUGGGUAUUAGACUUUCCCUACGUUGGCGCCGUCAUCGUUGGUGCACGUAUGGGCAUAAGCGAACAUACAGAUGAGAAUCUGUCGAGUUUCGGCUGGUCUCUUGAUCAAUCCGACCGCGAGUCAAUUGAGGAGAUCUUAAUACGAAGUCGAAGGGCUGAAAUAUUCCAAAAGAGCCAGUCUAAUGCAGUUCCUGAAACUUGA